AUGCCUUGCGCAGGCAACCCCGAGGAAGACUGCGGUGCUGCCGACCGGAUUAGCGUCUACUACAAUGGCAAUCCUUUGCCCACCGUCCAACCUACCGCAGGAACGUUCUCUUACACGGGGUGUUACACGGAUUCUGUAUCGAACCGUGUAUUGCCGUUCAAGGCGGAUUUUCCGUUUGGCACUGAUCCCGAUAGGUGCACUGCAGCUUGCAAGACCUCGGGAUAUCAGUACGCGGGUCUCGAGUUCGGGUCUGAGUGCUGGUGUGGAGACUCCGUCGCUCUGGGAAUACGGCAGUCAGACGACGAAUGCUAUAUGAGGUGCCAAGGGAGUGCUCUACACAUUUGUGGUGCUCCUGACAGGUUGACUCUGUACGAAGACAACGAUGUACAAUAG